ACCUGAACAACACAAGCGGAGAACAGUAGACUAACUUAAGUUGGUAUGAUAAAACUUUAAAGCCCGGUUUCACAGACUUAGCGUCUUGAUUUUUGAUGACAGAAUUGAAGUUCACUGUAGUUACAUACAAAAACGUUUGACCAAACAUAUCCCUCAGAAAGGCAUCAUUAUUAUGGAGACGCUUUUUAAAUAAAGAAAGUCUCAUUCAACCAAUUUAAGUAUGUAAAUGUAUGUUAUAAUAUUACUAGCAUGAAUUGUUUGAAGAAUAAUUAAAAUGUCUUAAUAAUUAAGAAUGCUAUGAAAUAAAACUAUGUGACACUGUCUGUUCAUUUCACUGACAUUUCAGUUAACGCUGAAACACGGCACAAUGCAGUGCCCAUUUCAAGAUAGAGGUGAAUCAGUUGUCAAAAUAAACCCAGCAGAUUUCUUCAUAUCAAUAGUGUAUUGUGCCCUAUUUUUACAGAUUUUUUUAAAGUGUAUAUCCAGGCUAUAUUUCAUGGAAUAGAAGCAAAUGCAACUAUUACUUUCAACUAAUUACUACCAUGAAGCAUAUAAACAAGUGCAUAACUUACCGACCAGACACAGGAGAACAAAGGCGUGAAACAUUUCCUUUAGGGGUUGCACGUUUCAUUCAGGUUUGAUGAUAAAGUGUUGUAUUGUAAAGUGGUGUAGCGAGAACAGAGAAUCUGCAGCUGUUGUCAUCAUCUGGCUUUAGACACUACAUGAAUGCCAGAGGAGGCUGACAGUAAAAAGCCUCCUCUCUGUGAACUAACCAAUCAGAAUGGAUAUUCAAAUGAAGCUAAAUGAUUUUGAUGUUGUAUAUACAACACUUUUUAUUAUGGAUGUUAGACAUUGUUAAAUUGUGUACUUUGUAAUGUAGGCCUACUGUAAGUCCCUUUGAAUAAGUGUCUGCUAAAUGCAUAAGUGAUAAAUUACAUCAGCCACCGUGUAACUUUGUUUACUAACUUUGCCAUUAGUAAAAGAUAAACCUCACAUGUAGCUAUGGAGAGCCAGGAGUCCAAAGAUGACAUCAUACUUAGGCGAGGAGACACAGCAGGUGUAACAAAAGGCGUGUUUGGUGAUACAGUGUCAGUGAUGGAGGGAGAUUCUGUCACUCUACACACUGGUCUUACUGACAUACACAGAGAUGAUGUGAUCGAGUGGAGCUUUGGAGACGAACAGGUUCUCAUAGCUGUUAUCAACAGAGCAGCUAAUACGAUCUCAUUUCCUAAUGGCUCAAAUGGCAGAUUUAAUGGCAGACUGAAGCUAAAUGAUCAGAGUGGAGAUCUCACCAUCACCAACAUCAGAUCUGAACACACUGGAGUUUAUCAUCUAGACAUCACCGGAGAGAAGACCACAACAAAGACAUUCAGUGUUGGUGUGUUUGGUGAUACAGGAGGAGUGAAACAAAUGUCAGUGAUGGAGGGAGAUUCUGUCACUCUACACACUGUUCUUACUGACAUACAGAGAGAUGAUGUGAUAUUGUGGGUUUCUGAACCUGAAAAUACUGUCAUAGCUCAAAUUAAUAGAGCGGCCCAAAUCUUCUCUGUUGAUUAUACUCCUGAUAAGAGAAUUGGAUCAAAAAUGCAACUGGAUCAUCAGAAAGGAGACCUCACCAUCAGAAACAUCGGAGCUACAAUGUCAGGGCUUUAUCAAGUUCACAUCAUCAGCGGUACUCAUACUAUACACAAGAGGUUCAACAUUACUGUCUCUGACAGAGUGAAGUCAGUGUCAGUGAUGAAGGGAGAUUCUGUCACUCUACACACUGAUUUUACUGAUGUGCAGAGAGAUGAUGUGUUAUUUUGGAGUUCUGACACUUUCAUGGCAGAAAUAAACAAAACAACACAGAAUGUCCUGACAUAUGAUGAUGCUGAUAGGCGAUUCAAGAACAGAAUGCAGAUAAACAGACAGACCGGAUCUCUCACCGUCACAAACAUCAGCACCACAGACUCUGGAUUUUAUGAUCUUGAGAUCAGCGGCAGCAGACACACCUUACGCAUGACUUUCAUCAUUACUGUCUGUGAUGCGGUGAGGACAGUAGAAGUGAAUCAGGGAGAACUUGUUACUCUCAAAGCCGGUGUUGGAAUACAGACGAAUAUUCAUCUAUUGUGGAAAAUUGAAAAUGAAAGCACUUUCUUAGCUCAGCUUGACAAAACAGGCCAGAUCAAAUUAACAACCGAUGAGAGAUUCAAAGACAGACUGAAUUUAGACCAUCAGACUGGAGAUCUGACCAUCAGAGACACAAUAACCAAACACUCUGGAGUUUAUCAUCUAGACAUCAACAGUAACAGACACACAAUAGUCAUGAAAUUUCAUCUUAUUGUCCAUGCACUACAUUAUGAUUCCAAUGAUCGUAUAUGUGCUGCUGUCAUUCUGCUGCCGCUGCUGUUGUUGGUCCUGGUUUUUUAUUGCUGCUGGUGGCCUGCACAACUGUAUUAUAAAGCACCAAUGGAUAUGAUGGAUCUUUCACAUCCGACAGCAACAAAUAGUCUGCAAGCAGUGCUUGUGCCUCGUGCGCCGACGUUAUCUGAUAAUUACUAAAAACUCAUAUUUAUAUUGACAUUUAGAUUUAGUCAUUUAGCAGACUCUUUUAUCCAAAGCGACUUACAGAUGAGGUAAACAAUGGAAGCAAUUGGAACAACAUAAGGACAACAAAAGUGCAAUCAAAAACUGGUCUCAUAUAGCCUACCACAGUAUUCAGAGUAUAACAGUAUUUUUUGUUGUUGAAAGAAUAGAAAAGAGAUGCAAGACCCAAUGUGCCUACGUAGAGUAGAAACUCAAAACUGGUGAUUUUGAUGCAGUAUAUAGUUUUCGUGGUUAAUAAAACACGUAUUAGCCCACUAAGGUUUAGAAAAAUUACCUGGGCCACACACGGCAGUGACAUGAUUUUCCACCUGGCCCUCGACCUAAUACGAUACCCUGCCAUCUUACAGACGUACCUGUGCUAUCUGAAAUCACUGUAGUUCAGAACAUUGAACAUUGUGAAUCUAAAUCACGGAAAUAGUUAACCCUGUCUCUGGCAACCGAGAGCUUUUUUUCACAAAUGCAAUGGUACUCUGGUAAAUCUUAUGUUUUGCAAUUGAUUGGAUUUCCUUCAAAUGUUAUAAUAUCUACACAUUUAAGAUGAAUAGGCAAAAAUGGUCACAUCAGGGGCUCAAAACAGCAGCAUAGUGUACGUGCUUCAGCAACUCAGAAAGUUACCACAGGAAGAUUUACUAAUAAUAAGUAUGAAAAAUAAUGUACAUGCAUUUUUGGGUGCUCCUGUUAGUAGGCUGAAAUCAAUUUACAGCGCCCCCUAUUGGUCAAAGUUUCAGCUGUUUUUGUAGAGGUGAAAAUCUGCUGUGGACACUAGAUGGCGCUC